ACACAAGGGAAUCGAGGAUGUCUUUUUUUUUUAUUUUCUUAGAGAGAGAGAGACUCGAUCGAUGCAGCGUUGGCUCCAGUACCGGCGGAGCGCCGGCAUGCUCCGCUCCUCCCUCAACCGGUCUAAAACCCUAAACCCUAGCUUUCAGCUCGAUCUCAUCCGCCCAUUUUCCUCUUCAUCAUCAGAUCCCGAGUUCCGGAAGUACGCUGGCUACUUCGUUCUCGUCCUCGGCUGCGGCGUUGCUACCUACUUCUCCUUCCCAUUCCCCGAGAACGCGAAGCACAAGAAGGCUCAGAUCUUUCGCUACGCUCCGCUGCCCGAAGAGCUUCACGCUGUCACCAACUGGAGUGGAACUCACGAGGUCUACACUCGCGUCUUCCUCCAGCCGGAGAACCUCGAGGAACUUGAGAAGAUUGUUCGCGAUGCUCACGAGCACGGCCAAAAGAUCAGACCUGUUGGAUCUGGCCUCUCGCCCAAUGGGAUCGGGCUGCAGAGAGCGGGGAUGGUCAAUCUUGCUCUCAUGGAUAAGGUGCUGGAAGUGGAUAAGGAGAAGAAGAGAGUUCGGGUGCAGGCAGGGGCUAGGGUUUCGCAGCUCGUGGACGCCCUCAAAGAGCACGGGCUUACGCUACAGAACUUUGCUUCCAUUAGGGAACAGCAGAUCGGCGGCAUUGUGCAGGUUGGUGCCCAUGGUACUGGAGCAAGGCUACCUCCUAUCGACGAACAGGUUGUCAGCCUGAAACUAGUGACCCCCGUCAAAGGAACAAUCGAGGUUUCUCCUGAUAAAGAUCCAGAACUGUUUUAUCUAGUUCGCUGCAGUCUGGGUGGGCUGGGAGUGGUUGCAGAAGUCACCAUUCAAUGUGUUGAUCGGCAUGAGCUGGUGGAGCAUACAUUUGUGUCUAGUUUUAAUGAACUCAGAAAAAAUCACAAGAAAUGGCUUGGUGAAUAUAAACAUCUGAAAUACUUGUGGAUUCCUUAUACUGAUACUGUGGUUGUUGUACGUUGUAAUCCUUUUUCAAAGUGGAAAAAGCCAAACAUGGCACGUAAAUUUGGAGAAGAAGAAGCUGUACGACAUGUCCAGUAUUUAUUUCGUCAGUCACUUAAGAAAUAUAGUGGAACUAGUGAAAGUCCCGAUGAACCAGAUAUAGAUCAACUUUCCUUCACUGAGCUGAGGGAUAAGCUUCUCGCUUUAGACCCACUUAACAAAGAUCAUGUCAUAAAAGUAAACGAAGCCGAAGCUGAAUACUGGAAAAAAUCAGAGGGGUACCGUGUUGGCUGGAGUGAUGAAAUAUUGGGUUUUGAUUGUGGUGGGCAGCAAUGGGUAUCAGAGAUUUGCUUCCCAGCAGGAACACUUGGAAGUCCUAGCAUGAAGGAUUUGGAAUAUAUGGAGGAGUUGAAGAAGCUUAUAGAGAGAGAAGAUGUGCCAGCUCCGGCUCCUAUAGAGCAGCGAUGGACUGCUCGCAGUAGGAGUCUCAUGAGUCCAGCAUCAAGUUCUCGUGAAGAUGAUAUAUUCUCAUGGGUGGGUAUAAUAAUGUAUUUGCCCACAAUGGAUGCUCGUCAGAGGAAGGAGAUAACCGAAGAAUUCUUCCUUUAUAGAGAUCUAGCACAAUCACGUUUGUGGGAUAAAUAUUCUGCUUAUGAGCACUGGGCUAAAAUUGAGGUUCCCAAGGACAAGGAGGAGCUUAUUGAUCUGCAAACAAGACUAAGAAAGCAUUUUCCUGUUGAUGCUUAUAACAAAGCUCGCAAGGAGUUGGAUCCCAAAGGAAUUCUCUCCAACCGCAUGCUUGACAAGCUUUUCCCAUCCUCUCUUAGCUGAACUACCUUUAUCUUUCCACCCCCCACCCCC